CGGGCUGCGCCGGGCUGAGCCAGGACAGGCAGGGGUGGGGAGCCUGAUUUGUCGGUGUCAGGGACAGGCGCUCAGGGCAGCCCACACCUUGCUAAGGUCCCCGCCCCGUCCCGGCCGGGGAGGCCCGUCUGUCAGUCACUGGGGCGGAGGCAGCUGCGGUAGCGGGCCGGAGCCGGGCGGUGAGCAGAGCGCGGGCCAGGCCGAUCAGAGGGGACCUGCUACAACCCCUCAACUCCACGGACUCCUCGCCCCAGACUCGCGAAGGUGCACCCAGCGCUUCAUUGGACACCUCCGUAACCCGCGAAGGGCUCUCUCCGUGAUUCCCCAGCCCCGUGACCACCUCAUAGCACCUAGAGCUCACCCAGAGAGGCUGUUGUGGGUACAGGCCGUUGACUCUGUGACCUCUUACGGGCCAAAGGCUCGGUUCCCCCCAUAGGCCUCCGUCCUCUAUGACUUCCUCCUCAAAUUCUAGGGGCAGAGCCGUGACCCACCAGUAGGAAGCCCCCAUCCCCGUCUAAGAUCGCCUCACUGACGCCUCCCUUUCCCGAGCCCCCUCAGUGGGUCUUCUCCGAAAAGCUUACCUUCUGAUCUCUGGCAAGCUCCUUACCCCCAAACGAAGUGGGGAGGCCUCGACAGCCAUGCCCGCCCUGGGCACUCCCUCACCCGACCGUUCCCUGGGCACCCAAGCCGGGGUCUAGCAGGGGGCCAGCAGCCAAGGGGCUGGGGCAAGGGACAGAUCAGGGUCCACCUCCCUUCAAGGGAGGGAGUAAAGAUGGAGCGGCGGGAGGAGCAGCCCGGGUCUGCAGGGGCUGGAGCAGCACCAGCCUUGGACUUCACGGUGGAGAACGUGGAGAAGGCGCUGCACCAGCUCUACUAUGACCCCAACAUUGAGAACAAGAACCUGGCUCAGAAGUGGCUGAUGCAGGCCCAGGUCUCUCCACAGGCCUGGCACUUCAGCUGGCAGCUCCUGCAGCCUGACAAGGUGCCAGAGAUCCAGUACUUUGGGGCCAGUGCCCUGCACAUCAAGAUCUCUCGCUACUGGAGUGACAUCCCCACUGACCAGUAUGAAAGCCUAAAGGCACAGCUCUUCACCCAGAUCACCCGCUUUGCCAGUGGCUCCAAGAUUGUGCUGACUCGGCUGUGCGUGGCACUGGCCUCACUGGCUCUCAGCAUGAUGCCUGAUGCUUGGCCGUGUGCUGUGGCAGAUAUGGUACGGCUCUUCCAAGCUGAGGACUCACCGGUGGAUGGCCAGGGCCGCUGCCUGGCCCUGCUAGAGCUGCUGACAGUGCUGCCCGAGGAGUUCCAGACCAGCCGCCUGCCCCAGUACCGCAAAGGUCUAGUACGGACCAGCCUGGCAGUGGAGUGUGGGGCUGUCUUCCCACUGCUGGGGCAGCUGCUACAGCAACCCAGCUCACCUAGCUGUGUUCGUCAGAAGGUGCUCAAGUGCUUCUCUAGCUGGGUACAGCUGGAGGUGCCGCUGCAGGACUGUGAGGCGCUCAUUCAGGCUGCCUUUGCUGCUCUGCAGGACUCUGAGCUCUUUGACAGUAGUGUGGAGGCCAUUGUCAAUGCCAUCUCGCAGCCUGAUGCCCAGAGGUAUGUGAACACACUCCUGAAACUCAUCCCGCUGGUGCUGGGACUCCAGGAACAACUGCGACAGGCAGUGCAGAAUGGGGACAUGGAGACCUCCCAUGGCAUCUGUCGCAUUGCUGUGGCCCUGGGCGAGAACCACUCCCGGGCCUUGCUGGACCAAGUGGAGCACUGGCAGAGCUUCCUGGCACUUGUCAACAUGAUCAUGUUCUGCACAGGCAUCCCAGGCCACUAUCCUGUCAAUGAGACCACUAGCUCCCUAACACUUACUUUCUGGUACACGCUGCAGGAUGAUAUUCUGUCCUUUGAGGCAGAGAAGCAGGCUGUGUACCAGCAGGUGUACCGGCCAGUCUACUUUCAGCUGGUGGAUGUGCUUCUGCAUAAGGCCCAGUUCCCUUCUGAUGAGGAAUAUGGAUUUUGGUCCUCAGAUGAGAAGGAGCAGUUCCGAAUUUACAGGGUGGACAUCUCAGACACGCUCAUGUAUGUCUAUGAGAUGCUGGGGGCCGAGCUGCUCAGCAACCUCUAUGACAAGCUGGGCCGUUUGCUCACCAGCUCAGAGGAGCCCUACUCCUGGCAGCACACAGAGGCCCUGCUCUAUGGCUUCCAAUCCAUCGCAGAGACCAUCGAUGUCAACUAUUCUGAUGUGGUGCCCGGGCUCAUUGGUCUCAUCCCACGGAUCAGCAUCAGCAACGUGCAGCUGGCAGAUACUGUCAUGUUCACCAUUGGAGCUCUGUCUGAGUGGUUGGCUGAUCACCCUGUCAUGAUCAACAGCGUUCUGCCCCUUGUACUGCAUGCCUUAGGCAAUCCUGAGCUGUCUGUUUCUUCUGUGUCCACCCUUAAGAAGAUCUGCCGAGAGUGCAAAUAUGACCUACCACCCUAUGCUGCCAACAUCGUGGCUGUCUCCCAGGAUGUACUGAUGAAGCAGAUCCACAAGACGAGUCAGUGCAUGUGGCUGAUGCAGGCUCUGGGCUUCCUGCUGUCAGCCCUGCAGGUGGAGGAGAUCCUUAAGAACCUGCACUCGCUUAUCUCACCCUAUAUCCAGCAGCUGGAAAAGCUGGCAGAGGAGAUACCAAAUCCCUCCAACAAGCUGGCCAUUGUCCACAUCUUGGGACUUCUCUCCAACCUCUUUACCACACUGGAUGUCAGUCAUCAUGAGGAUGAUCAUGAAGGUCCUGAGCUCCGGAAGCUGCCAGUACCACAGGGACCCAACCCAGUGGUGGUGGUGCUGCAGCAGGUCUUCCAGCUUAUCCAGAAGGUGCUGAGCAAGUGGUUGAAUGAUGCCCAGGUGGUCGAGCUGGUCCACAUCUUUGCUCAUGAGCCUGCCCACUUCCCCCCAAUCGAGGCACUCUUCCUGCUCGUCACCUCCAUCACACUCACUCUCUUCCAGCAAGGGCCCAGGGAUCAUCCUGAUAUUGUUGAUUCAUUUAUGCAACUCCUGGCACAGGCUCUGAAGCGGAAGCCAGAUUUGUUCCUGUGUGAACGACUGGAUGUCAAAGCUGUGUUCCAGUGUGCUGUGCUGGCCCUCAAGUUCCCUGAGGCACCUACUGUCAAGGCCUCCUGUGGCUUCUUUACCGAGCUGCUGCCUCGGUGUGGGGAAAUAGAAUCCGUGGGAAAGGUGGUACAAGAGGAUGGUCGAAUGCUGCUCAUAGCAGUGCUGGAGGCCAUUGGGGGCCAGGCCUCCCGCAGCCUCAUGGACUGCUUUGCCGACAUCCUGUUCGCCCUAAACAAACACUGCUUUAGCCUCCUGAGUAUGUGGAUCAAGGAGGCACUACAGCCACCUGGUUUUCCCUCUGCCCGCCUCAGCCCUGAACAGAAGGACACCUUCAGCCAGCAGAUCCUUCGUGAACGAGUGAACAAGAGGCGGGUGAAGGAGAUGGUGAAGGAGUUCACACUGCUGUGCCGGGGGCUACAUGGCACAGAUUACACAGCUGACUACUGAGGGGCUCCCCUGUCCCACUCACCUCACCCUUUUCCUGUCCCCAGAGAGUAAACCUGGACCCUCACUGUUGCCUCUGCUUCCUUUCUGCUGCCACCGUUACCUAACUGAAAGCCUGGGCCCAGAGGCCUGGGAGAAGGAUGGGGGGGAAUGCUUGGACACAGGCCUUGGUUGAGAGUGGUAGGAACACUUUCUAGCUCCUGAGAUGGGAGGGGUACUGCUGUGGUCAAGAUGCCUAUGUGGAGCCAUUCAGAAUACUGCCAUUGCCCUUGGGAUUGGGGUCUGCCAUAGUAUCAGCAACCCCUCCACUCCCAUUAAGUUUCACUUAUUUAAUCAACAGUACUGAGUAUUAUUCCCCUAGCUCUGCCACAAAGGCUGAUUUAGUUCAUUGCUACUAUACUAAGCUGGAAGAAUGGUGAGGAAAGGCUGCAUAGAGGAAGUUUUGUUUCUGAAAAGAAGGCUUCCUAGGUAUAGGACUUGGGGUGUUGGGUGGGUCCUCUUGGAAGGGAAGAAAUGGAAUGGUGUUUUGAGUUCCAGGUUGGGUUCUAGUGUGGGGUUUUAGUAUAUACCAACUUGCACUUGGUUGAAGAGAGGUAUAGAAAGUGGGGCUGAGUGUGAGGGUAGGGGUGGGAUGAGAGUAAGAGUAAGAUUACAGCCCCUACAAGAGGAAGAAGGCAGGAUCUAGAAUUACCUGUGUAUCCAUAGCCCCACACUUCUAGUGAACUCCAACACAUCGUUAGGACUCAGUCAGGACCAGGGACAGCUCCUUACCUGCCUUUGCUGUCUUCAGUUAGCAAGGUUACCUUCCUUUCUGUCUCCUCAGCCAUAAUUCCACCUGGGUUGUCACUUGGACACUCCAGCUUUCUCAGUAAGAUAGAGUGAGCAGGGCUAAGUUCUCCCCACUCCCAUCCAUGAGAUCUGAGUUCCCUUGAUGAGGGAACUGGUUAUAUGCAUAUUCAUCCCUGCUCUUUUCCCAACUUUUGCAUGAGUUCUGUGUCUUCCAUUCUUUCUCAGUCUCUUCCCACGCCAGCUAGCAUCAGUCCCUCUUUGUCAUCUGCCAUCCCAUCCCUUCUCAAGUUCAUUCUCACUUUACUCCUGAUGUCUCAUUUCUCCUGGACUAUGUGGAGAUGUUUCACAUACUUUUAGUCUUUUUGCCCUAGCACAUGGUGUUCAGGUGUCUUCUGUUU